AUGCCGAGAGGAAGUGGAUUUGUGCAUCCCAACACUCCAGCUACGAUUUCAUAUUCACCCGGAGAGCAAAUCUCCCUUUCCGAGCUGCGCCGCGCAUGUCGACGAGAGGAAUGUGUUGUGCUGCCCCACACAGUCGGGAUUUGGCGGGCGGCGUUUCGAAGUUACGUGAGAGCGGAGGGUUUGUCCCAGUUUGUGGGAGACAUUGAGGCGGAGAGGGAGGGUGAGGGGCCAAUUCUUCCGCCUUUGAGAGCGCCUUUCUCAUCAACUACGCCAAAGCGGGCGGCUCCACAAGAGCGAGUACCCCAGCAAAGGGCAAUUGCGCACGACAAGGUAGAAAAGGAUAAUUUGGGCGUCUCGUCUGGGAAAGGCAUCGUGAUUGUGUCACGUCACAAAAUUAGUGGUGAGCAGCGCUUUGUGUACCCUGAUCACGACGGUGUGCUCUCUUCUGGUGUCGUGCCGCAGGUUGUCAUAUCCGAAGAAGAAAAGGCCGAGCUUGAAGCGGAUAAGAAACACUAUGUUUCGCCUAUGGAGUUGCCAGAUGAGGAACGUGCGGCACUGGAGGAGUUGCAGAGUUUGUGGAGGAGCCGCGCUAACAGUCGUAGCGAACAGGGAGCGAGACACCGUGCGGCUGGCGGCACCGCUAUGCCUGGCUUGAAUACGCCUGAGGAAGCGGAUGGGCAUGAGAAUGACAGGUAUGCAAAGCGCUCUCGCUUGGAGUCACGGACUCACGAAACCCAUGCAACAACGGACUCGGAGUACAACACAGGUGACAUGCUGGACGACGCUUUGCGCCUGGCCGGGGAAAUAUUGAACUUCAGCUAG